GUUGGUGGGGGGGGAGGUGGCUGGGGGAAGCAGCGCAACUUCUUCUGCCCAAGUUCCAGCCCCCUCCUCGCCCCCUUUCGAUGUGCGCCUUUGGACAUGCGGAGGCUACUGCAACCGUGUUGGUGGAUCUUUUUCCUGAAAGUCACCAGCUCCGUGCUCCAGUAUGUGGUGUGCUUCCCCGCUCUGACUGAAGGGUACGUUGGCUCGCUGCAUGAAAACAGACAUGGUAGUUCUGUGCAAAUACGGCGGCGUAAGGCCUCGGGGGAUUCUUACUGGGCUUACUCAGGUACAUAUGGUCCUGAGCACUGGGUUACUUCAAGUGUGGACUGUGGAGGCACUCACCAGUCUCCAAUAGACAUCGUAGACCAUCAUGCACGUGUGGGAGAUGAAUAUCAAGAAUUACAGCUUGAUGGUUUCGACAACGAAUCCUCUAACAAGACAUGGAUGAAAAACACUGGGAAAACUGUCGCUAUCCUUCUGAAGGACGAUUAUUUCAUCAGCGGUGCUGGGCUGCCGGGUAGAUUCAAAGCAGAAAAAGUGGAAUUUCAUUGGGGUCAGAGCAAUGGAUCCGCUGGCUCUGAGCACAGCAUCAACGGCAAGAGAUUCCCCGUUGAGAUGCAGAUUUACUUCUACAAUCCUGAUGACUUUGACAGUUUUGGAGCAGCAAUUUUAGAAAACCGGAUAAUAGGAGCCAUGGCUGUGUUUUUUCAAGUCAGUCAGAGGGACAAUCCAGCACUGGAUCCUAUUAUCCAUGGGUUGAAGGGUGUCGUACAUCAUGAGAAAGAGACCUUUCUGGAUCCCUUUGUGCUGAGAGACCUUCUGCCGACAUCACUGGGAAGUUAUUAUCGCUAUACAGGUUCUCUGACAACUCCACCAUGUAGCGAGAUUGUGGAAUGGAUAGUUUUUCGCAGGCCUGUUUCUAUUUCUUAUCACCAGCUGGAGGCGUUCUAUUCCAUAUUUACCACAGAACAGCAAGAUCACGUCAAGUCUGUGGAGUAUCUGAGGAAUAACUUCCGACCGCAGCAGAGUCUGAAUGACAGGGUGGUGUCCAAGUCUGCUGUGAAAGAUGCUUGGAGCCAAGAUGUGAUGGACAUCUUAGAAAAUCCAUUUGGCACAGAGGCUUCCAAAGUUUGCAGUACUCCCCCGGUCAACAUGAAAGUGCAGCCUGUGAACAGAACAGCCUUGCUAGUAACUUGGAACCAACCAGAGAUCAUCUACCACCCUCCCAUUAUGAACUACAUGAUCUCCUACAGCUGGACUAAAAAUGAAGAUGAAAAAGAGAAGACUUUCACCAAGGACAGUGACAAGGACCUGAAAGCCAUCAUUAGCCAUGUCUCACCUGACAUCCUUUAUCUGUUCAGAGUUCAAGCAGUUUGCCGAAAUGAUAUGCGUAGUGACUUUAGCCAGACAAUGCUCUUUCAAGCUAACACUACUCGAAUAUUCGAGGGGACCAGAAUUGUUAAAACAGGAGUGAAUAAUGGGCAGAAUGGAGUGUUUGGAAAGAAAAAGAAAACAAAAGGAAAAAAAAGCCGAGGUAGCAUAUCAGUUACCCCUACUGACACUCUCUCUGGUGUGUUUUCUUCCCUUGUCCCCUCUGGUGGUCUCUUCAAGCCUACAGCUUCUCCUGCUUCUUCAGCUGACAUGGCUCCCAUCAGUUCUGGAUCUUCUACCUGGACUUCUUCUGGUCUUCCUUUCUCCUUUGUUUCAAUGGCAACUGGAAUGGGACCUUCAUCCAGUGGAAGCCAAGCAACAGUGGCCUCCGUGGUGACCAGCACGUUGCUUGCCGGCCUUGGGUUUAGUGGUGGUGGUAUUUCCUCCUUUCCUAGCACUGUGUGGCCAACCCGCCUUCCUAGUGCUGCUUCUACCAGCAAACAGUCAGUUAGGCCGGUGCUUACAACUCCUGAGGCUUUAUCUUCUCCAGGACCGGACAGUGAUUCCGCUCUGACGAAAGACAAUGAAGGAGCAGAGGAAGGAGAAAAGGAUGAGAAGAGUGAAAGUGAGGAUGGCGAAAGGGAACAUGAUGAAGAGGGAGAAAAGGAUUCAGAAAAGAAAGAGAAGAAUGCAGUGACAGAGGCUGCCGAGGUACAAAAUAACACUGAGACCACACUAACGACCAUUUCCCCUAAUAGAACUGUAGAGGAGGAAGGAAAUAAAACCAUACCUGGUCAAGAGCAAAACAUUUUCCCAACAGAUAAGAGUCCUGAAGAAGAGGGGGUUACUGAAACAGACACUCAGCCCCAACCUGUCCCCUCCACCCAAGUGCCACCAGCAUUCACAAAUGAACAUUAUGUAGGGCAAAUCCCAAAGGGACCAGAGACAACAUCAAGAAAAGCUUUUCCCAACAACCGUAGGUUUCCAGAGGAAAAUCCAUCGGACAACAGAUUCAUCACCAUUAACCCAGACAAGAAUAGCUCCAGUAUGGCAACCAGACCUUCUCCUGGCAAAAUGGAAUGGAUCAUCCCUCUGAUUGUGGUGUCGGCCCUGACCUUUUUGUGCCUCAUCCUUCUUCUUGCUGUGCUGGUUUACUGGAGAAAGUGUUUUCAGACGGCUCAUUUCUACGUGGAGGACAGCAGCUCGCCUCGAGUGGUCCCUAAUGAGAGUAUUCCCAUUAUACCUAUCCCAGAUGACAUGGAAGCCAUUCCUGUCAAACAGUUCGUUAAACAUAUCAGUGAGCUCUAUUCUAAUAACCAACAUGGCUUCUCAGAAGACUUUGAGGAAGUGCAGCGGUGUACAGCCGACAUGAACAUCACAGCAGAACAUUCCAAUCACCCAGAUAACAAGCACAAGAACAGAUACAUCAACAUUUUAGCAUAUGAUCACAGUAGGGUGAAACUAAGGCCUUCGCCAGGAAAAGAUUCUAAGCACAGUGACUACAUUAAUGCUAAUUAUGUUGAUGGUUACAACAAAGCAAAAGCCUAUAUUGCCACCCAGGGACCUUUAAAGUCUACAUUUGAAGAUUUCUGGAGAAUGAUUUGGGAACAAAAUACUGGAAUCAUUAUCAUGAUUACAAACCUCGUGGAAAAAGGAAGAAGAAAAUGUGAUCAGUACUGGCCGACAGAGAAUAGCGAGGAAUACGGCAACAUUAUAGUCACAUUGAAGAGCACAAAGGUACAUGCCUGCUACACCGUCCGCCGUUUCACAGUCAGGAACACAAAAAUGAAAAAGGGUCAGAAGGGAAACCCCAAAGGGCGACAGAACGAGAGAACGGUUAUUCAGUAUCACUAUACACAGUGGCCUGACAUGGGAGUGCCAGAAUAUGCUCUGCCUGUGCUAACCUUUGUGAGGAGAUCGUCAGCAGCCAGGACCCCGGAAAUGGGACCCGUGCUUGUACACUGCAGUGCUGGUGUGGGCAGAACUGGUACCUACAUUGUGAUAGACAGCAUGCUGCAGCAGAUACAAGACAAAAGCACAGUUAAUGUCCUGGGUUUCCUGAAACACAUCAGGACACAGCGCAACUACCUUGUUCAGACAGAGGAGCAGUACAUUUUUAUUCAUGAUGCCUUGCUGGAAGCCAUCCUUGGGAAGGAGACUGAAGUAUCUGCAAACCAGCUGCAUAGUUAUGUUAACAGCAUUCUUAUACCUGGAAUAGGAGGAAAGACACAACUAGAGAAACAAUUCAAGCUGGUUACACAGUGUAAUGCAAAAUAUGUGGAAUGCUUCAGUGCUCAGAAAGACUGCAACAAAGAGAAGAACAGAAACUCAUCAGUUGUGCCAUCUGAACGUGCUAGGGUGGGUCUCGCGCCACUGCCUGGAAUGAAGGGAACUGAUUACAUUAAUGCCUCUUAUAUCAUGGGUUACUACAGGAGCAAUGAGUUCAUCAUAACCCAGCAUCCUCUUCCACAUACAACUAAAGACUUUUGGCGAAUGAUCUGGGAUCACAAUGCACAGAUCAUUGUCAUGCUGCCAGACAACCAGAGCUUGGCAGAAGAUGAGUUUGUGUACUGGCCAAGUCGCGAGGAAUCCAUGAACUGUGAGGCCUUUACCGUGACCCUUAUCAGCAAAGACAGACUGUGCCUCUCUAAUGAAGAGCAAAUUAUCAUCCAUGACUUUAUCCUUGAAGCUACCCAGGAUGACUACGUUCUGGAAGUACGCCACUUUCAGUGUCCCAAAUGGCCAAACCCAGAUGCCCCCAUAAGCAGUACCUUUGAACUUAUCAAUGUAAUCAAGGAAGAGGCCUUAACAAGGGAUGGCCCCACCAUUGUUCAUGAUGAGUAUGGAGCUGUGUCAGCCGGAACGCUGUGUGCCCUGACCACCCUUUCCCAACAGCUGGAGAAUGAAAAUGCUGUCGAUGUUUUCCAGGUGGCAAAGAUGAUCAAUCUUAUGCGGCCUGGAGUAUUUACAGACAUUGAACAGUACCAGUUUCUUUAUAAAGCAAUGCUAAGCUUGGUGAGCACUAAGGAAAAUGGAAAUGGUCCCAUGACACUGGACAAAAACGGUGCUGUGAUGGCCAAUGAUGAACCGGAUCCUGCAGAAAGCAUGGAGUCUCUUGUCUAAUUGGAAUCUUGAAAAGGCACUUAAUUUGUAGAACUUCUGAAGACUGAGUGAACUUUUUUGAGGCCUUUUUUGCCAGACUCUAGGUUAUACAAUAACCCAAUUACUUUUUUACACUGAUAAAAGUUUUGAUAUUUAUUUUUUGCCAUUUUAUGUCUUAAUGGUAUCCUACUGAGCAUUCGCACCUCUGUUUCUUUCACACAGUGCACCGCAAUUUUAUCUAGUUUGCACUAUAUGAUCAGUGUUACUGCCUAUAAUACUCUAAUACAAAAGCAAGCCCUGAUGUGACAUUCCAUGACAGCAAACAUGCUACUUUUUAGUUUAAAUGCAGUGAAGUUUUGUUAACUACGGUGACCCUUGAAUCUUAAAUCUUGAAUGCUAGACCAGAUGGAUUCUUUCUACAAGAAAUACUGCGCCCCGUCAUACUCCUAAUAUUUAUUGCUUUAAUUUUAAUUGUUGUAGAUCUUCUGUAUUCCAGUUCAGUGGAUAAGCAAUAUUCAUCCUUUCUUGAUAAAAUGUGGCAGGUGAUUACUAGCUACAGUGAAGGUAGAAUAGCCUCAUGGAGCUGAAACAAUUGCUUUGGUAUUGUUUCAGAUUCUGCUUUUUGUAUACUUUGAGGCCUAAGAAUUGCUUCACAUGGAACAUAUAAAAUUACAUUAAAAAAAGUAUAGAACAACUCAGACCUGGGACUUGGUCACGGAUUUUGCCAUUACAGCCUCAAAGCUUCCCCAAUUAUUCAGAAUAAAAAUGUCAGUUUUAGAUUUUAAAACCGCCAUAUGGAAAAGUGUGUUGUUUUUUAUUUUCAUCAGAGCCAAUUCAAUGAAAACUGUGCUACGAUCAAAAAUAAGUCUGUUUUCAGACACAUGAAGGUAGCAAUAUUUUUCAUUACUAGGCUAUUCAAUCUUUUAAACACAUUAAUUUCUUGAACAGGACCUCACACCUAAUGGUAUGUCACAUGGCGAAGACAAGCGUUUCUUAAUUUCAUAACUGUUAGAUGCCAUUUUUACAGGUGUGUAAUUUUCAUAUUUUAGUGCUAAAACAUAAAGUACUGAUCCAUAUUUACUGGUGAAGCAAACUAAUAAAAAUAACUACCUAUAAAAGUACAUUCUUCCUCUUUUAUUUUUUGCCAAACUAAUUAUUUAGUACAAACCUCUUGAUUCCAUUCUCCCUCCCACAUAAAUCAAACAAUUUCCCCAAAUUACAUUAUUUAAACAGUGUUGUUAUCUUGAGCACUUAGAUGUAAUCCCUCAUUGGUUCCCUAAUCCUGUGCAUUUUGAUCCCAGUUCGGCAAAGUACAUAAGUCUAUCCCUAUCUAGCAAAACCCUUAAGCAACUGCUUAAAGCUAAGCACGUCCGUAACAGCUUUGCUAACUAGGUAUGGUUUGCUCUAAAAUUGGAUAUGUUAAUUUGACAGUUCGGAUGUUUGGUGUAGAUGUAAAGGCAUUAUCCCUUAUAUAGAGAUUUAUUUUCAUUAGUUUUAAAUUUCAGCCAAACAAAAAGGGCACUGCAAUGUUUCAGGACUUGCUGUCAAAAUAUUACAACAUAUUUUUCACUUAAAUAUAAAACCAUGGGUUUUUUUUUCCUGUUUGCAAUACACCCUCGCUAGGAUGUAAGCAUCUGCCAGGCAAACCCACUUCUUUGGUUGAAUUAUUAAUUUGGGUUUCUAGAGAGUUAGAGGUAAGCUAGUGAUUCUGUGCAUUUUCAUACAAAAGGACAUUUAAAGUGAACUUUUCAAUAACGUUAAGAGUAGACACUUGGGGCCCAAUCUUCGGUUGGUGUAAAUCAGCGUAGCUUCACUGAUCUGAAUGGAGCUAUGCUACGUUACACAGGUGGAGCAGCUGGCCCUUUAUUUUUAAUGAUGGAAAGAUUUCUUCGUGCUGACAGACCUGGUUCAUCCAGAUUUCUAAGCAUUUGAAAGAUUUCACCAGUAACAACUAUGUCGUUACCUUGAAUUUAUCUGAAUUUAUUUAACCUCUUGAUACUAGUGGUCCAAAAUAGCGUCUGAUACUACACAGUGAUGCAGUCAUACAUUCGUGUCCAGCACCAAGGAACUGAUUAAAAAAACAAAUGUCAAGAUGACUCAGAAUAACCGUUUGGUGCUAGUGCUGUGGAGUGCCCAUCGAUAGCUAGCAUUAGGCAGCUCAGCACUCAGGGGUCAGCCAGUCUAAUACACUAAGAGUUCAGAUUGGCUUUCCAAUCACUUCAAUAACAGGAAUCCUUCAAGCACAUUUCAAGUAUUGCUGCCUGCACUGCUUAGGCUGGGGCUGAGAGCCUCCCAAGCGAAGUUAAUUUGCCAGUCUGCGCUGGUGCCAGACGCGUCAGUGCACCCAUUGCUGGCAGUGGCCGCUGCACCGGGAAAUUCCAGCUCUUGGCACAGGAGGACUGAUCAGCUCACAUCUGAAAGAUCUGAGUUCCUGGGGGGAUAUAAUUCAGGUCCUGGCAAGAACAGAAUGGCUUGCAAAUUAACAGAGGUAGUUAGAGAGUUGAAUUUGUUCAGUCCAUUUAGCAAUCAGUUACUCUUCAUUUCAGUGUGGUUUUGGGGAAGGAAGUAUGCACAGUGGAAGUGGACUGUUUUAAUGAGACACUGCCUGGCUUUUCUUGGGCUGAUUCCUUACAUUUGUGCCAUUUUCUUUAAAGUCAAAUGAGAUAUGGGAACAGGGUUGAAUGUUGAUGAAUGUUUUUGAAAUCCAUGACACAGGGCUUAACCCCUGGGGAAAUAACUCAGACUGAUGUCUUGACUUUUCCCUGGCUUUUUUUCUCCUGGGAAUCAAGAAGUGUAUUGCUAUUAUGUUCAACUGUGCACCUGUUUCCCUGGGGCUGCGUGUGACUGAACAUGUGUUAACAGAUCCUUACGCAUAGAGGUCUGCUGAGACGCUGGCAUUUGUCUGUCUCACCACAGUCAAGUCCCCCACGUGCAGGGCCACACACUGGCACAUCCUUGCUGUCUCCACUCUGCCCCAACACACAUUGUGAUGACAUUUCAAUCGUUAGUACAAUAGAGUUGUGAUGUCUUUCACACCUUGGAAAUUCUCGAAGGAUGUGCAAGUCUGCAAAUUAGGAAGAACUUAAGCAUUGCUUUGCUGUCAACAAUGGUCCUCACCACUUGCGCUCCGGGGGAAAGGGGAGUAAUGGAUUGCAAACAAGUGUGUGUUUUCGGGUGUGCGCACGCACAUGCGUUCUAGAAAUGUUAUUUCCCCAUGUUUUAUAAGUGUAUUCAGCCAAGAGACCAGGCGAGUGAAGUACAGGGCUUUUAUGAAUUGAGUCCUUAGUAAUGACCAAGAAUUUCUGCAAAAGCUUCUGUCUGUUAACAACAUCCAAAAAUCAGUGGCAUUCUCUGCCUAAAGCCCCGAUCAUUCAGACACUUACCUACACGUUAAACUUUACACGUGUGAGGAGUUCUGUUAAAGUCAGUGGCACUACUCACAUGUGUACAGUUAAACACAUUGAACAAGUGUUUGUAGGACCCAGGGCUAAAGAACUUUCAUUCUAAAGCAGCAUUUGUCCUUGGCAUUUCAGAAUGUCUUUUUCUAAAUAUGAAGGCUAAAGUUUAUUCUUUGUGUUUGAUUCUGAUCUUUUAUUCCUCUUCUGUGGAUCCAUUCUGUGUUACUGGGUUUAUUGACUGGAUCAGCAAGGUUUCAAUCCUUUGUCAAGUAUCUGAUUGCUUGAAUCGCUUCUGCCCAGAGUGAUCUAUUGGAACCCUAGAAAAACAACCUUUUUAAUGACACAGCACAACUGCCUUGUUGUUCAUCUUUUUCUGUUGUUUUACACGAUGCAUUUUAUUUAAAAGUUAAAAUAUAGAUAACAGUUUCUACCAAAGAUACCUAUUACUAAUUCUCAGCAAAAAAAAAUCAUAAUUUAAAGAAAAAAUAAUAAAAUGUAGGAGUCUGAAAUAUUUAGCAAUCAUGCUCUCAAAUUCAUUCUCUUCCGCCAUCAACUCCUGUGUUCUGAAGUUUAUGUUCAAAUGGUGCCAGUGAAUUUUUAUAUGAAGGCAAAAAGGCGUAAUUGUAAGUUCACUGCAUUGCUUUUAUUUCUCCCACUUUCUCUCUUUGUUGCCAUUCUAACAAUGUAAACUACAUUGGCUUUGCUUAUCUAAGGAGAAGGCACGCAAAAUGGAGAGAGGAAGAGAAGGAACUGUACUGAAGAGAUUUGGCCUCUACUUUAUCUUUGCUGUUAAACUGUUUUUAGUAUUUUUGUUAAAUAUUUGCAAAGGGAAGCAUUUUCUACAGAAGAUAAUUAAUUUCAAGAAAAAUGUCUUGAGUUUUAAGAAUAAACAUGUCUCCAAAAGAGGAGAGAGUCAAUUUUAUAAAAUGUCACAACUCUCCAACAUUUGGGGUAGUGACUUUUUUUGUUUGUUUGUUUUGUUAGAACGUUUGAAACUAGCAAGCAGCCAUUGUUUCUAAAGAACUAAGCAUUCACGUCUACUCAUAUUUCCUUUUCCUUCGUUUUUAAAUAGCGGAAAUCAUUAAAACUGUAAAUAUUUUGUUGCUUGGGUAAGCAUCUUCUGGGAACUUUGUAUCUAUGGUAUAUAAUCAUAGAAUUUUAUAUUUUCAUAUAAAGCUAAUUUUUUUCUAGUUUCAACUCCUUCAUAGUUUUUUGUGGUGGACAUGUGAAUACAUACUUUCUGUGUAUUGAAGUAGUGAAACACGAUCAUCACAUUCCAAAAAGAAUUCAACACAUGUUAUUUCUUUGGGGCCAGUGAUUGUGAAAGUUGGAUUUUCUUUCAAUUCCAUUGUCAGUGUGUGCAAUAGGAAUUAGAUUUAGCCAGCCAUUGGAGAAGUUCGUCUCAUUGAUCCAUUGGGGGGGAGGGAGAGGGGUUGAAAUUGGUGUUUGGUUUUGGGAAGUUAUUUUUUGUUUGCUUUUUGUUUUGUUUUAGGGUUUUUUUGUUUGUUUUGGGUUUUAUUUUUUUUGUAACUUGAAAAAUCUUUUUGUUAUGUUUAAAACUAUAUCAAAUCAUUCUAUGAUAGUGUUAUUUAAUAUGUAAAUUGUAUUGCUAUACAUAAAAUAAAGUAUGGUUUUUGAUGUA